UUUACAUUUCAUUUUUAGGGUUAUACUUUUGAGUUAUGAUAAUGUUCUUCUUUGACUAUCUUCUUUUUAGUAAGCGUACAGUGUUAAACUUCUCUACUUAGAAAUUUUAUCUAAAUACAUCCAAAAUGUUGAUGCCAAAAAAGAAUCGCAGAGCCAUAUAUGAAUAUUUAUUCAAAGAAGGUGUAAUGGUAGCUGAAAAGGAUUUUCACAAACCAGUGCAUCCUGAUUUGGAAGGUAUUCCCAAUUUACAAGUCAUUAAAGCUAUGCAGAGCUUGAAAUCUAGAGAUUAUGUCAAAGAACAAUUUGCUUGGCGUCAUUACUAUUGGUAUUUAACCAACGAAGGAAUUCAAUAUCUUAGAGAUUAUCUUCAUUUACCAACAGAAAUUGUCCCAGCUACAUUGAAAAGACAAGCAAGACAAGAUGCUAGAGGCCCAAGAGCUGUUCCUGGUGCUAGACCAGAAGGAGGUAGGUCUGGAGAAGACAGAGCAACUUACAGACGUGCACCUGGUGCUCCUGGUACUGAUAAGAAAGCUGAAGUUGGUGCUGGUACUGCAGAGUUAGACUUUAGAGGACCUGGUGCUUUUGGUGGAUUUGGACGUGGAAGAGCUCCACCUCAAUGAAUGUAAUUAUUUUUAAUACAUUUAAAUAAAAAAUAUUUAAAAAAAAACAAUAAAAAAAAGUUUAAAAUUU